AUGCCUUCCAUGGUUUCUGUCUAUCACAUCGCUGAAUACAGCAUGAAAUCGCGAAACUUGCGGACUAUUGUCCCGCAGUCGACUCUGGAUGACGUAUGUGCAGGAAAAGACGACAAAGAGUCUAACAACAAACCCAUAUUUCCCUCUGCACCUCCCCGCCCUGUAUUCUCCGCAGACAAACCUGUUUUUCUCGUGUCUCAGCAAUCUUCAUGUCUACCAGAUCUCGUGCGUCAAAUCUUGCCUAGGCAAGUUGAUGCCAAUGAGCGGGAGGUACAACACAUGAUGCAUGAGUCCUAUAGGACGACGAUGCUGAUGAGCUACGGCACAGUAGAGUGGCGAAUGGCGACGUCCAGUACACCUGGAGGAAGUAUUCCGACUUUCAUCACAGAGGGCAGUAUGCCAGGCCAAAUAUCUGCGGAUGUUCCGCACUUCUUAAAGUGGUUCCAUACCAUUUGCAAUCAAGGAACUGCGUAA